CCUCCCUCCUUCUUUCCCUCCCGCCACCAUGUUCAAGAAGCUGAAGCAGAAGAUCAGCGAGGAGCAGGAGUCGCCGCGCGGGGCGAGAGGACGAGCCGCCCCGCUGCCGUCGCAGGUCCCUUCCAAAUCCUCUCCACCACUUGGUAGAAGCAGCAGCACAUCUUCGUUUACGGAUCAGACUGAUGAAGACUCUUUACCACCAGACAAAGAGCUGCUAGCCGGGAUGAUAGCAGAACCUGCUUUUCUCUCUGAGUAUACUAUCUUUGCUUUGGAUCCCACCAAACAGCCUAAGCCACAGAGUGACAGUGUGAACUCCAGUAGAGAUCCACUUCUUGGGUACAAAGAAAACAAUGGAAGUGGAUCAGCCUCUCCGCAGGAGUCCCUGGUACGAGCUUCUUCAAGAGACUUCUUGAAUCGACUGGACUUGGACGCAGCUGGUCCCACCUUUGAUCCACCUUCUGACAUUGAAAGUGAGCCAGAGGAGCCUCUGGGAAAAAUGGACAGCCUCAGCAAAGAGCAGCUGCUUCAGCGACUGCGCAGGAUGGAACGCAGCUUGGGCAACUACAGGGGAAAGUACUCAGAGCUAGUAUCUGCUUAUCAAGUUAUCCAGCGGGAGAAGAAGAAGCUACAGGGUGUCCUGAGUCAAACUCAGGACAAAGCACUUCGCAGAAUUGGAGAACUGAGAGAGGAGCUCCAGAUGGAUCAACAAGCUAAGAAACAUCUCCAAGAGGAAUUUGAUGCUUCCUUAGAAGAAAAGGACCAACUUAUUAGUGUCCUGCAAACUCAGGUAUCAUUGUUGAAGCAGAGGUUACAGAAUGGUCAGAUAAGUACUGAAUUGCCUGAUCCAAAUAUUCAGUCUGAACCACAAGGGGAAAGUCCAACAAGAGAAAUCAGUGUAGAAAAUUUUGUGGAUCCUGGAAGCAACGGGGGUAGUGGAGAUUCUGUUAAAACACUGGAAACUCUUCAUCAGAGGGUGAAGCGCCAAGAGAACUUGCUGCAGCGUUGUAAGGAGAUGAUUCGGUCUCAUAAGGAGCGCUGCGCCCAGUUAACCAACGAGAAGGAGGCACUUCAGGAACAGUUAGAAGAGAGGCUUCAGGAACUGGAGAAAAUGAAGGACCUUCAGAUGGCUGAGAAGACUAAACUGAUUACUCAGCUGCGUGAUGCAAAGAAUUUGAUUGAGCAGCUAGAACAAGACAAGGGCAUGGUAAUUGCAGAGACAAAGCGACAAAUGCAUGAAACACUGGAAUUGAAGGAGGAGGAGAUAGCCCAACUGCGUGCUCGGAUCAAACAAAUGACUACAAAAGGCGAGGAAUUAAAAGAACAGAAAGAAAAAUCUGAAAAAGCUGCUUUUGAAGAACUUGAGAGGGCUCUGAGUAUUGCCCAAAAGACAGAGGAAGCCCGGAAAAAAUUGCAGGCAGAAAUGGAUGAAAAAAUCAAAGCUGUAGAAAAGGCAAGUGAGGAAGAGAGGGUAAAUCUUCAACGGGAGUUAACCAGAGUGAAACAAGAGGUGGUUGAGAUUAUGAAGAAGUCUUCAGAGGACCGUGUUGCUGAACUAGAAAACUUCCAUAAAAAAGAGCUGGCUACCAAAGAACAGGAGCUAAAUGAGAGAUUACAGGCCCAAGAAAAGGCAUUCCAGGAGAGGAUGAAGGCAGCUCUUGAAAAAAAUCAAAGUGAGUGUUUGAAAACCCUUCAAGAACAAGAGCAGCAAGAAUCCUUAGCCUUGGAAGAAUUAGAGCUGCAGAAGAAAGCAAUACAGUCAGAGUGUGACAAGAAGGUUCAGAUGAUGCAUCAAGAAGUAGAGACUUGUAGAACUAGGAUUCUUGAACUGGAAAGCUCACUUGCAAAGUAUUCUCAAGAUGACAGAAAGCAAUCAGAGGAAUUAAGUACUCUGAUGGAGUCUGAAAAAGAGCAGCACAGUAAGGAAAUUAAUGAAAUGGUUGAAAAACACAAGAAAGAAAUGGAGAACAUGAAACAGCAGCAGGAAAAAAUUUGGACUGAAAAGCUUCAAAUCUUAAAGCAACAACAAGUAGCUGAAAUAGAAAAAAUGAGAGAGAAGCAAGAACAAGAGAUAGAUACAAUUUUGAAAGAGAAAGAAACUGUUUUCUGUGCACACAUAGAAGAGAUGAAUGAGAAAACAUUGGAAAAACUUGAUGUGAAACAAACAGAACUAGAAGCACUGUCUUCUGAGCUGUCAGAAGCACUAAAAAUACGUCAUGAUUUAGAACAAGAGCUCUCAGAAUUGAAUAGUAAAGUGUGUGAAGCAAAGCAAGAAUUGGAAGGGAAGUUGGAAGAAGAGAGGAAACGGCACAAUGAAGAGGUGGAAGUGAUGUUAAAAGAGCAUGAAAUGUCUAUUCAAGGUGUUGAGAAGGUACUCAAAGAGGAACUCAACAAACUCAAGCAAUCAUUGGAGGAGAAAGACAGACAUCUGGAGGAACUAAAAGCACAUGAACAGAAACUAAAGGAAUCUGCAGAAAGAUCUGAAGCUGAACUUGUUCGAGUGUCUGCAAGGCUAAAGGAGCUUUCAGAGUCUCAUCAGAGGACUUCUAAUGAGCAAGCAAAGACUUAUGAAGAGGAAUUAGCAAAGCUGCAGCAGAAGCUGGCAGAUCUUGAAGGUGAAAAAUUGCAACUUAGUGAGCAGCUAGGAAAAAAUCAAUCUCAGUCGAAUGAAGUCAAGAAUGAGUUAGAGGCAUACAUCUCUCAGGUACAUGACCUGAAGCAGAAUUUGCAAGAGCAAAGCAAUGAAAACACACAAAAGUUAACCUCUCUAACACAGCAGUAUGAAUGUCAACUGAAGGAUCUACAAAGAGAGGCUGAUGAGAUGAAAAGAAGUCUAACUGAGAAGGAAAAUGAAAUUGAACACAUGAAGAAGUUACAGGACAAGCAAGUGGAAGAGCUUAAACAGAAACUGUUAGGCAUGGAGAAUAGAAUUGGUGCUUUAAAAGGAGAAUAUGAAAGUAAACUGAAACGUCAGGAGAAUAAAAUGGAGAAAAUUAAACAGAAAUCCAAAGAUAUGCAGGAAACUUUCAAAAAUAAACUUGCUGAACAAGAGGCUAAACUAAAAAAGGAGCUUGAAAACAAGCUGUUGGAGUUCAGUCAGAAAGAGAGUGAGUUCAAUGCUAAAAUGUUGGAAAUGGCACAUGCCAGCUCAGCUGGAAUCAAUGAUGCUGUGUCAAAACUGGAAUCUAAUCAGAAAGAGCAACUGGAGACUCUCACUGAGGCUCAUAGGAGGGAGCUGGAAGAAAUUGCCCAGAGUUGGGAAAAAAAACUCAAUCAGCAGGUUGAAGAGCUCCAGGAAAAACAUGAUAUGGAACUGCAAGAGAAAGAGCAGGAAGUUGGAGACCUAAAACAGAAGCUUGCAACCUUCAGUGCUGAGGAGGAGAGCUCCAGAACAGAAAUAACCCAACUGAAGGAAGAACAGGUGAAAAGGGAAGAGUCCCUGAAGGAAUUGCAAGAACAACUAAGGCAGUCAGUGUCUAAGGUGAGUGCUUUGUCAGAUAAGGAAAGUGACCUGAAAACACAGUUGAAAAAAUUGGAGAGUGAUCUUAAUCAGUCCUUGAAAGAGCAGUCAGGACUUGAGGAACAGCUCAAUAAACAGAAAGCAGUUGAAGAACAGGAUAAAGCCAGAAUUACCGAGCUGGCUGAUACCCUGAAAACCCUUGAAGAGAAACUCCAAACAAUGCAGUCUUCUCUGUAUAAAGAUCAUGAAAAUUAUGAGAAAAAGAUAGAGGCAAUUCAGCUAAAAGAAACUGAGCUUAAGAGGCAGACAGGAGAACUUGCAGCCCAGUUAGAUGCUUAUUGGAAGAAUGCUGAAGCUUUAUUACAAACAAAAAGCAGUGAAUUAAUUGAUAAAUGUAGUGAAAAAAUUGGCCUGGUAAAAUGCAAACUUGCAGAUUGUGAGCGCCGAGUGGCAAAAGUUAAAGAAGCAGUGUUAAUUAAAAUGAAUAAGAUUUCUCAACUAGAAGCUCAACUUAGAGAAGUAUCAGAGCAUCAUUCUGCUGCAAAUACUUCAUUGCAGAAGUCAAUGCAACAGCUGCAAGAGAAGGACAGUUUAAUUAUGUCCCUGAGAACUGACAUUGAGGGACUUUUGACAGAAAAGGAACAAUUGCAGAAAGAGGGAGGGCAUCAGCAGCAAGCAGCAUCAGAAAAAGAAACUUGCAUAACACAGCUGAAGAAAGAGUUGUCUGAAAAUAUCAAUGCUGUCACCUCAAUGAGGGAGGAACUCCAGGAAAAAGAAUCUGAGAUCUCUGCUCUCAACAAAACAAUUAAUGACCUUAAUGUUAGACUGGAAAGCACUGUAAGUUUAACAGAGAAGGAAGCAGCCAUGUCUCUGUUAAGCAAGCAACAUCAAGAGGAUCAGUUGCGGUUGUUAAACCAGGUACAGGAGUUAUCAUCCAGAGUUGAGAUGCUUGGUCAAGAAAAAGCAUUGGCUCUUGACCAGGUAGAUCAGUGCACAGCCAAGCUGUCAGAGUGGAAAACGAAAGCACAAACCAAGUUUACACAAAAUCAUGACACUAUUAAAGAUUUGCAGAGCAAACUUGAAUUAAGCAAUAUUGAAGCCAAUAAAAAAGAUGAAGAGCUCAAUAAAUUGAAGGAACAGCUAGCUAAACAAAGCAAGAAUAUCGAUAGUUUAAGAAGUGAAUUGGAACAAAAGCAAAACAGAAGGGGAAAGCAAGAAAGUGAAUUAACUGCAGAGAUAAAACACCAAGCAGCAAGAAUUGCUGAGCUAGAAGAACACAUUGCUCAGAAGACUUCAGAAAAUGAUUCCUUGAGGGAGGAACUUGAAAAGUAUAAUGAACAAAAAGACACGGAGCAACAAGAGAUAGCUUGGCAACUCCAGCAGGCAGAGAAGGUGGCUUUUGAAAAGGACAAUAGAUUUAAGGAGGCUGAAGAAAAGGUGCUUCAUCUUGAGAAGCAAAUAGGUUUGCUGAAAGCUGAAUUUGAAUCAAAGGAGAGGGAGUUUGAUCAAAUGAAGUCAGCAAUACUUAAAAGCAAAGAGGAAGAACUGAAAGAAUUAGAAGAGAAACUGAAUGCAGAGAACAGCACUAAGCUGGCAGAUCUGAAAAAGAAGGCAGAGCAAAAAAUUGGUUCUAUUAAAAGGCAAUUGAUAUCUCAGAUGGAAGAAAAAGAACAGCAAUUCAAGCAGGAUAAAGAAAAUCAAUUAAGAGAAUUGGAGCAAAAAGUGCAGGAGAGAGAUGCCAAAAUUGAGUCCUUAGAAUUAACAAUUAAGUCAACGAGAGAUCCCACAGUGUUAGAGAAAGAAAUGCUGCAAAAAGUAGAGAGUGUAAAAGCUGCUGUAGAACAAGAUAAAAACAACAUGCUUGAGAGUGUCAAACAGACAUAUGAAGAGAAAAUUCACAUAUUACACAAGGACUUAACUGAAAAAGAUGGAUUGUUGGAGAAGUAUGAAAAGGAACAACAAAAGAGUAUUGACUCUUACCUAGAACUGCAAAACAAACAGGAAGAACUCCUUAAAAGACUAGAAUGCAUUGAGAAGAGCCAUCAGGAGGAGCAGAGUAGGACGGAAAGCCUCAAGAAAGAACUUGAGGAGCAGACCAAGAAAUACUCAUUGUUAGCAGAUGAGUAUGCUCAUUGUGGUGGCGAUUUAGCAAGCAGUAGAGAAGAGUUAAAAGCUAAAGAACAGAAAUGUCUUGAUAUGGAGAAAGUAGUUGGAGAUUUCCAGAAAAAAAUGCAGGAAAAGGAGGCGGUCAGUCAGUCUUUGGAACAGAAGAUCAAAGAGCUGGAAAAUAACCUAUUGAGGGAAAACGAAGUGCGUAAGAUUGAGGUGGAAGAUGUGAGUUUGAGAUAUGAAGAAAAGCUAAAAAGUUUACAGCAGCAGUUGGAUGAAAGAAAUGAUAGUCUGAAAGCUUUUGAGGAAAAUGAUGCAGAGAAAGCAAAGUCAGGUUUGGAGCUGCAGAAGGUACUAGAUGAUAUGCAGAACCAGCAGAAGGACUUGCAGACUAAACUGGAAGAGACUGAAAGGGAGAAACAGAAACUACACAAGGAAGUGAAUAAUCUUCAAAAAGACUUACGUGCUCUGCGGAAAGAACAUCAGCAGGAGCUUGAAAUAGUGAAGAAAGAGUCCUUAGAAGAAAUGGAGCAGAAAAUCAGAUGUGAACAAGAAGACAUAGAGUUAAAGCACAACUCCACCAUAAAGCAGUUAAUGAGAGAGUUCAACACUCAGCUGGCUCAGAAAGAGAGAGAAUUGGAAACAGCAGUAAAAGAGACUAUCAGCAAAGCCCAGGAUGUAGAAAAUGAAUUGAUAGAAAAUCAUCACAUAGAGACAACACAGUUGCAUAAAAAAAUUGCUGAAAAAGAUGAUGAUCUAAAAAGGACAGUGAAAAAAUAUGAAGAAAUCCUUGAGGCUCGUGAAGAAGAGAUGACAGCAAAAGUCCAUGAGUUGCAGGCGCAGCUAGAAGACUUGCAGAAGGAACACAAAGAAAGGAUGGCAGAAGAGGAACAUUGGAGCAAUGAAAAAGUCACAAUAACAGAGCUUCAGGCCCAGCUUGCACAGAAAACCACCCUAGUCAAUGAUUCAAAACUGAAGGAGCAGGAGUUCAAAGAGCAGAUUAAUGUACUAGAAGACAGGUUGAGAAAUUAUGAGAAGAAUAUGUAUGUCACAUCAGUUGGAACACCAUACAGAGAUGGAAGCCUUCACCAUACUGACGUUUCCCUCUUUGGGGAGCCUACUGAGUUUGAAUACUUGAGGAAAGUGCUCUUCGAAUAUAUGAUGGGUCGAGAGACAAAGACAAUGGCCAAGGUUAUAACAACAGUGCUGAAGUUCCCAGCAGAUCAGACUCAGAAGAUCCUAGAACGAGAAGAUGCUCGGCCAUUGUUUGCCUCACCUCGCAGUGGUAUCUUCUGAAAAUCCCAUCAGUCUGUGCUUAGUUAGCAUGUGGUCAUGGCGACGACCAUAUUGAAGAAGUUGUGAUGAGACUCUCUCAUGACACUGCUGCUUAGAAAUAUGUUCAUAUCUCUGUUAUCAUCCCUUGAGAAGGGACAAGAAGAAAAGCUGUUAUUCAAGGUCACAAGUGGAAUAGCAAGAACCAAAACUCAGCACCACCUUUGGACCAUGAAUAUGGUUAAAACUGCCUUGAAGAGAAAGGCUAAUCAGGGGUUAUCUGGUGAUGACUCUUUUUUUCUCUUCUAUUAAACACUGUCUUCUAUUUUGUGUUAAAAGUUAUUUUUUUAAAGGAGAGAAAAGACUUUAUCCUAGGAAGGAGCUGCCCACUACUGUAUCUCUAUACAGGCUUUACUGGGUGUUUUUUAAGAGUUGAAAUAAAUGGUUUGUUUCUUCUAUUUAUUUUUUUAAUUUUUGAAUGAACUGUGCAAUACAUUUUGGAUAGGUAGUGGUUGAGGUGAUUUUCCUGAUGAACUAGGCACACUUGAUGACUACUCUCUCCCAAUUUGAUCUUAUGAUUGUUAGCUAAGGAUCACUUCUAUAUGCUUUUGCCUACAAUAAAUCCAACUUGCAGUACCUCAUUUGUUUACUCCUAGCUUUUGUACUUAUAUUUUCUGGAGAAAAAAAGUAUGUUCCUGUAAAUUGUAAAUAGUUAAUACAUAACUGUAUCAUAUGCUGAUCUGUGACUGUUGACAGCACUAAUCUGACAAGAGCUGAGAUGGAAUAAAAUUUAUUUACUGUAUAA